AAUCUCCUAUUUAUCCACACGCAUCCCUUUCAAUUCUCCCACAAAUUUAUCCUCUUCGAUAAUCCAUUUUCGUUGCAUCUCUCUACAAAAUAUCCAUUCUUCUUCUUGAUUUCACUUUCUCAAUGGAUUUCUUCUCCAACCAAAAUGAGAAGGGCAAGCCCACCUCUGAUCAGCCCCAUAAUCCAAACCACCACCCAAAACCAUCAAAAUCUGAGCUUUUGAACAGCGCCAAGGUGGUGGCUGAAGCCGCAAAAUCCCAGCUCCGUCAUGAAGAGAACAAGGUUGACAAGCACAAGGUCGCCGGUGCGGCGGCGGACAUCCUAAAUGCCGCCGCAGAAUAUGGGAAGCUAGAUGAUAACAAGGGCAUGGGGAAAUAUGUUGACGAGGCUGAAAAUUAUCUCCACAAGUACCAUACUUCUCAUUCCACCACCACCACCACUACCACGUAUCCACACCACUCAACCACCACCACCGAAACGACACAUACAUCAGCGCAUCCGGGUGGCGAUCAUGGCCAUUCCAAAGGAGGGUAUGGGGAGUAUAUUAAGAUUGCUGAAGGUAUUUUGAAGAAUCACUCUGGCGGCAGCGGUGGAGCCACCGACACCUUCACCGAUCAUACACAUUCAUCGGCACAUUCCGGAGGAGGUCAUGGAAAUUCAGGAAGUGAAUAUGGACAAUAUAUGAAGAUGGCUGGAGAUUUCUUGAAGAAACACUGAUUUCAUUAAUAGGCCAAUAGACCUUUGCCUUGUAUUUAUUUAAUGUGUAUUGUUAUAUUGCUUUUUAUCGACUGUUUUACAGUUUUUAUGUGCU